ACUGUCGCAAAAUUUAGGGGGACCGAGCUUCUGUGAACUGCUCAAAACAAAAUUGUCGAGGCCGGUUUUGCAUCACAAGUUGCCUCGUAUGAAUUCGACUGUAAUAUAAUAUGCUGUUAUUCGAAAAUAAAAAGAGUAUGGCGUAGCGCAAUGGGGUUUCCUCUCUUAUUUGUGUGGUCCGUAAAGAUAUGUUCGACGCCAUAUACCGUAACCGUAACUAAAAAUGUGUCGUUAAAUCAUUCCUUCCUUCUAAGUGUAUUUUAUCACGUUAUACUGACAUGUCCUUACUGCGUUCCACCAAUCAUCAAUAGAAAAUCGGGGAAAACAUGGGUAUUCCCCACUUGGGAAAGGCCGUCAAAUAUUACUGUAUGAAGAUUGUUUUGAAUCAGAAACAAGUUUCACUCGUUAAGAUUAUCGCUGCAAGUGUUGGCAUCUGCUGCUUCUGCUACCGUAGACAUGGAUAAUUAGAUAAACCGCUCCACGAGAGAGACUACGAGAUGAAAGGAAAGUCAACCGAAUAGCAAUAAACUGGUCUUGGUGAAUCAAGAGGCACUCUACCCCAAAGAUUUGGCAAACAGAACCGGACAACAACAAAUAUUGAAACUGAAAAGCUUGCUGUCUGAUACUGUUUACUGAAAUGUUUGAGGUAGGCAGCGAUAACCUAGACCAGUAUAAUCCAGACCUGCAGACCAGUGCCUCAAGUGAUGUAGCAACAUCAACAUCCACCAAACAACCCCUCAGUGACGUCGAAACAACAGCGUCAGCAAACAUCACAACUACAGACAUACAACUUCUACAACAGAUUGAACAUCUCCAGAAGGAAAACCGUAACCUACAGGGACGAAUUCGAGGAUACACAACUUUAGGUAGCCUCCUUCAAGAAGAAAAGGAUGCCAACCGUAAACUUUCCAAGGAUUUCGAAGAACUGAAAAAGAAACUUACUGUCGUCAGUAUCAGCACCCCGCAAAAUCUCGGUUCUUCAGACGAGACACGUGUGGAAUCGCUGAGAAACUUUCCAAGCAUGAAGACUCACCUUUCUCUCACCACUGAAGGACCUGUAGAGAACGACGUCACCCAACACGAACCCAGCAAACCUACCGACCCUCCUCCGUCUCCAUCGUCAAGUGAGGUAACCAACCCUCCGCCUUCCCCGUCAAGGGAGGUAAUCCCCAUGCAGGAAUCCAUGCAUGACAAGCAGAACGACCUGUCUGAACUGGCCGCCAACCCGAGCAUGUCGCUGACAGACCCGCUCCGCAGUGGUGAUCACCACGAGAAUAUUGACGCCAACCUCCAGCUGGACUCUGACCGGUUUGAGGAGCCCGAGUACGAGAAGGUUGGACGCUUAAGCAGCACAUUCUUGCAGGUUGGCUUCACCGGGACCCCCACAUCAGACGCGUCGAUCACGGCUCAAAAAUACAGUUUCCCGAGCCUGAACUCCGGGACGUCGCAUCGGAAGCAAAACGUGUCCGAAGGAUCACUAGAGAGAAACGAUCUCUACAAACUGACAUCGUAUUCCGAGGCACCCACAAGUCUGGGUGUUCAAGUGAGUCAUGUGGCCAACAUGCUGGUCACUAGCGAUGACGGGCCACAGCUCGCCACUAAACUCAGACAGCUUUCUGAUCAAGUAGCUAAACAGGAGCAGGAACUCGUCAGACACAAGAAACUAAAUGCAACAUUGUGUGAAGAAAAUCGAAGACUACAGACAUCAAAACGGCUGGAGCUUCAUGAAGAAAAGAGUAAGAAUUAUCAGUUGAGAGCUGAGAACAGCCAGUUGGAGACACGUGUCCGAGAACUGGAGCAUCACCAGCAACAGAUGAACGAUUCUCUCACAACUCCGCAAGGAUGGGAAGAGAUUAGGAAAUCAGAACUCGGAAGUAAAGUUGACGUGGAACUAUUUCAGAAUACUGCGGCCACGUUGCCCUCUGAUGCUAGUACCCUGACUCAAAUGGUUCAGGAAUUACAAAAUAAAAACAAACAGCUGAAGGACGCUAACAACAGCUGGAGAAGUCGAUGGACUCAGCUGGAGUCGAGCAAGGACUCACAGAUUAAGUCCCUUGAGAACCAGCUCGCUGGUAAAACCCGCGAGUUAAGCAAAAUAUCCCAGACGAAUGCUGACAGAGAGCGGGAGUUUGAACAGAUGCUUUGCGCAGCAAAAUCUCACGCUGGUGACGAGGAGAAUGCUAAAGAAGAAGCACUCCAGCAGUUACAUGUCGCAAACACUCGUCUCACCGAGCUACAGGAGAAGAUUGCCUCCCUUGAAUGGGACAACAAAGAUUUAGUUCGGGCAAAACACACGAUAGAGGCUGAACUUACCGUGCUCAAGAAAGAGGCUGAGAACCCACAGGCCGGUCGUCAUCCCGCCCAGACUGUGGACGCCUUAAAAACCGAGAUCGCUGUACUCCGAGAACAGCUGACCGUAUUUGAGGAAGAUUUCGAACGUGAGCGACAGGACAGGGCUGCCACUCAGUCAGCUCGGGAAGAUAUCCAGACGAAAUACGAAGAAGUGUAUCGGUCUAGAAGAAAUCUCUCCGAGCGCUUGAAUAACCAGCAGAGAAAGGCUGAACAUUUAGAAACUGAACUGAGACAAACUCAACGACGAAUUCAGAAUCUGGAAACUGAAAACAGGCGACUCAAAGCUGAACUUAAACAACAGCAGGCUGCAAUGCGGUAUGCUCCGCCACCCCCUGUGUCACCAUACCCACCACAGCCUUUCCAACAGUACCCAUACGGUCAGGUGGGCUACUACCAGCCUGGUCACCUCACACAACAGAUACCGUUAGGUCAUGGCCACACUCCGCUGGAACACCUCCCUGGAGCAUGGACAUGUUCUCAGUGUACCUUUGUGAACAUCGCUGAACGCACAGUGUGCGACAUGUGUGGCGUCAUUCGACAGAGACGAGGCCGCAGCUCGCAAUCUGCAGCACAGAAUGCAAACCCAGAAGCGGCUCUAAUGUCCCGAGGACGCAAUGUUCCCGAUGAUUCCAGUGAUCUUGUCACAGAUGAUGUCAAUGAUCUUGUAACUGACGAUGGACAGUUCAAAUAAAUUUCACAUAGACCUAGCCUAUGAUAGUGACUGUCUGACUCGGAUCACCAUCCACACCCUGUGAUCCGGACUGAAUUCAGGCCUGGAAGAGACGAGACCAGAAGAACACGACAAAUUUGUUAGAAAAUAGUCACACGUAAGAUCUAGUAUGCAGAACCAACCUGCAAAAGACUAUUCUGAAUCAACCACACCGCACAACUUCAAACAUGGCAUCAUCAAAGAAGCAGAAGAAGAAGUGAAGUUUGAACAUCACAGUUGAAGACCUGCUGUUUACAGAGUUCUGCUUCAGUUGAUGUCUGUGUGGCCCAACAAGUCGACAGCAAGUCAUUGCUGGUCUUACCUCUUCCGUGAACCUCGAUUCUGCUCUUUCCAACAUUAAAAUCUUUUUCAGUUUCGACUAGAGCUAUUUCACUACUAAAGAUUUUUCUGUAGAAACAGCAGGAUCUAUGUUUUCGGGUUAUUUAGAAUAUAUUGUUUAUUACAAAAUCUAUCUUUAAACAAAGAAAACUUGUUAAAGACUUAUAAAAAAAUCUUUAACGAUUAAAACAUUAAAAAUUACUUAAACAUAAUACAUAAAGUUAAAAUAUUGUUACAUGGAUAUAAGCAAGUUAAAUAUUAAAGCAAUUUAUAGAUUACUUUCAAACAAAGAAUUAAACAUUACAGUAGUUAUAAUAUUUAUAAUGUUCAUACUAUAAUAUAUUUAUAAAAUAUCUUUAGUCAAAUAUGAGUUAUAUGGAUUGAAAAAUUAUUUUGUUGAGCAUUGAUUGUAUUAUAUAAUAUGUUAAUUUUCAUAGCCUUGGGUACUUCAUAUAAAAUGUAUUCUUGGCUAUUAACAGAUAACUGUUAUCAUCUUACAAGUUUUAUGUACAUAGCCGUAUAAUGAUAUAUAUAUAUAUCAUUUGCUGUGGAAGUUAUCUAAAAAAUACAUGAAAAUAUUAAUAAAUUGGUUAACUUGCUACAACAUUUAAUUUUAAUUAAUAUCAUCAUGAUGUGCAGGAUUGAGAAGUUUUGUAUUAUUAUUAUUAUUAUUGUUACUAUUGUCUUUCCCUUGUGAGAUUCAGCUGUAAUGAGGCUUAUUUCUCACAUCUAUCUUGAAAAUGUUGCUGGUAAAAACAUUUUGUUAUGUAUCUCUCCCAUAAGGACAUAUAUGUUCAUAUAUCACCUAUUGCAAGCAUGACUUCAUACUCCUGGUCUUAUUAAAUUUUUGUAAUCACCGAUUCGACAAAACUACUUUUUUAAUUGUUUCUGCCAAGUCCGUUCCUAUGGUCAAAUUACGGACACUGGUAUUAAUGUGUACACUGUUGCAUCAUCAUGUGUAUGACAAAAGUUCUCAAUCCUGAAUCUUUGCUCAACUUAAUUGAAUUUUCAAUCCUGUUUGGGUUUUUUAUGACAAGAAACAGUUCAUCAUUAGAGCAAGUUUCAUUAAUAGUCUGCUCCAUAUAAUAGGUUCACAUACGUUUGUUUAGCAUAAGUAUAUAUUUGAGAGAGCUGCAUAGUACACACAUUCAACACAUAGUCAGCAUGUUCACACCAAUGCACCGGGAGCCCAGUUUGGCGUUCUGUAACGGUGAAUGUGAACUUGCAUCAUGCCUACAUUUAUUAAUUAUAGCCCUUAGUAUCUGCACUGUGGUGUUCUAGAUUACUUGGUGUGCAUCACUGCCUACUAUUAACAUUGAAACAAAAUUGAAAAUUAUCAUAAUUAUUACAUUACAUGAACAAAAUGUCAAAAUUAUUAUAAUUAUUACAUUAGUUGAACUUUUGUUUUUUAAUUAUGAUAAUUAUCACAUUAUUUCAAAAAUUAUUACAUUAGUUGGAAAUUUUUUGAAACAGCAUAGGUUUGAUGAAGUUUCUGUAGACACGAACACUGCUGUACAACUUUAAAACAUUUCCAAGUGAUGUAUUUCAUAUACAUGUAUUUUUCUUUCUUAAACAAAAACAAUAAAUUAUGAAUUAUGUGGUUUAAGUGAAUUUUAUUUCAAUUAAUGUUUUGGAUUUUGAUUCAACCAUUUGUUGAAGAUAUUUGUUUAAACAAGAAUUUAUAAAUUAUAAGUGGAUUUCAGUUGAAAUACUGUGUUUCAUUAUAUUUGAAUUAAUGUGUUGGAUUUGUGAUAAAAAGACUUAUUGAAAACAACUGUGUAAAAAAGAAAUUAUAGUUUCCAUAUGAAUUUUAUUUCAGUCACUGUGUUGGAUUUUAUUUCAAUUACUGUAUUGGAUUUUAUUUCAAUUACUGACUUGGAUUUAUGAUAAAAGAUUCAAUGAAGAUGGCUGUUGAUACGUAUUGUUUAAACAAGAACUUAUGGAACUCAAGUGGAUUUUAUUUGAAUUACUGUGUUUCAUUUCAUUUCAAUUAAUGUGUUGAAUUUGUGAUAAACACUUAUUGAAGACAUCUGUGUAAUCAAUAAUUGUGGUUUACAUGUGAAUUUUAUUUGAGUUACUGUGUUGGAUUUUAUUUAAAAUACUGAUUUUUGAUAAAGGAUUUGAUGAAGAUACCUAUUGACACUGAGAUGAAAUAUCCAGUGAACAUUUCUAUUGAAACAAAGAUAUGUUUUGAAAUUUGAAGACUAUUUUAUGAAGAAUUGUGCCAACAGCCAGUUAUUAGAGAAUUACUGUUGUUUGGAUAAAUAUGUGAAUAAAGCUUGACUGUUAACUAGAUGUGACAGAUAACUGAAUUCUCACCAUGAUGGUUCGACACUAUAAUAUGAACAUGUGCAUGUCCCACUGACACUGAGCUACUUUAUUGAGCAUUGUUAAAAAACAAUUUACUUAGCACCAACAUGUUGGUUUGGGGAAAACCAAGAUUACUGUGGACCUGAAAAAUAUUAUGAAGAAAUAGAUGUCAAAGAAAUCAUUGUCGAUAAAAGAAUUAUUGCUGUUAAACUGACAAAUAUUAUGAAGAUAUAGAAGAUGUCUGAGAAAUCAAUGUCCACAAGAGGAUUACUACUUGUAAACUGACAAAUAUGAAGAUAUAGAAGUUGUCAGAGAAAUCAAUGUCCACAAGAGCAUUACUACUUGUAAACUGACAAAUAUGAAGAUAUAGAAGUUGUCAGAGAAAUCAAUGUCCACAAGAGCAUUACUACUUGUAAACUGACAAAUAUGAAGAUAUAGAAGUUGUCAAAGAAAUAAAUAUGCAAAAAAGGAUUAUUGCUGGUAAACUGACAAAUAAUAUGUUGUCAUAGAAACUAGUGUGCAUAAAAUAUUGUUUAAGUAAUAUGAAUGUAUAACAGAAACUGAAGAUAACUGAAUAUAUUUCAUUAUGACAAAACGGGGUUGUUUUUCGUGGAAAUCACACUACUACAAAGAGGCACAGGUUUGUUAACAUUUACAAAUACUUUCGGACAUGUAAUAUAUUGUGCAUAACAUUAUUUUUACAUAUAGCUGAGUAUAUAACCUGUAUUUCAUUUAUUACUUUAAUAAAGUAGUUUGCAUUAUCUACACAGCAUAGAUCGCAUACAUGAAUGCAAUUAUCUGGAAAAAUAACACAUUUGACCACAGAGGCCUGCAAUAUUGGUGAAUAAUAAUUUCAUUGGUGCAAAUCCCAUCCUGUGUGAUGUUGACGUUAGUACAUUAUUAAAUGUAUGGCCUGCUUUACAUGAUGUAUCGAAAUCAAAUGGGUUACCUCAAUGAUUAGUUCUUUGAGGCCUGCCACAUAUACAUAUAACAUACAUGUAUACAAUUUUCUCUCGUUUAUUGGAAACAUUCAUUGCGUAAACAUUUAUUAUUUGAUGUAUUGCAUACUAAAUGAAUAAUGCCUGGUAUGUCCUAAUAAUUGACGUAUAGUGACAGUUAACAGCUGAUAUACAGGGACGGAAACUCCUGUACAGUCAUAGAAUUUCGCAUACAGAACUGCAUAAUUACACAUGGUACCGAACAAUUAGUAUGUAACAUCUACAAACGUGAAUGUCUAUUAAGCUAAGCUUGACAGUUUUAAAGAUAUUAAAAGAAUCUGCAAAGUGCAACAGUCAUGCUUAUCCUUUCUAUUCCCAAUUAAAGCGAGAGAAAAUUGGUGUGGAGAUUCUAAAUAUAAAUACAAUGCUGAUUAACAUAAUGAACUAAUGAAUGAUACAAAAUUAGUUUAGAUUAUUAUGUAUUGUGGAUCUAUGCUGUGAGAAGUAUAUAAUAUUAUGUUCAGAAAUAAAGACGAUUGAAUUCUUGUGGCCAUGUUUAAGACUAUAUUUCAAAUCAGUAUGAUAGAAUAAUUGUUUGUACUGUCUACGGCUUAGCGGAGUUCAUUACUUGUUCCAGGCCAUAGGUUUUUAGAGAUGUUCUUUCACCUCCAACAAGGCAAUAAACUUUGCAAACCGCUAUUGAAAAUUUUAUAAAUUUCUUCUGUACGUUUCGAAUCUUUUGGAAUUUAUUAUCUAGGAUAUGAAGAAGAGGAAUUUAAAAUUAUUUCUUGGAUUUAUAUUGUGAAUCUUAAAACCUUUAACAAAGAUUGCAUCAAUAUUGUCUAGUAAAUUUUCAAAAGUUAAUAAAACAAAUUAUAGUAAAUCUUUUUAAAAUGACAUUGUUACGAAUUUUAUUUAAUAGAAUUGUCCCUUUGAAUAUGUUUGCAUAUUUUACUUUAUAAUGUUUGUCUAUUUUUGCUGUCUUUAGUAUUUUGGCACCAUAUUAAAUGUGUGCAAUAUAUUGGGGAACACGGAGCAAAAUGAACAGUUUAGAAGGUUAAUACCAAACAAAUCAAAUACAUUUGCAAGAGAGACUGUAUUUGAAGUUUAACUGAAGACUUAACACGCUAAUAAGCAUGAGCACGGGGGGGGGGGGGGGG